AAUAGUUCACGACACAAACAGAUCUACUGCUAUAAAGAGAAAAACAAACCCUGAAAUUAGUCCUAUAAAAACCCAAUUACCACCAUUUUCCUCAAAACCCUAGCUUCUCUCUAUUGUAGCCGCGUAGUUGCAGAAACACUUACCUUCUUCUUCCUUCGAGAUUAUUGUGUGUUCUUCGUUAAAAAGCUCGAGUAACAAUGUCGGUCGGUGAACUCGCUUGCACUUACGCCGCUCUUCUCCUCCACGACGACUCAGUCGCCAUCACUGCUGAGAAGAUUACAACAGUGAUUAGCGCCGCCAACAUCGAAUGCGAGUCAUACUGGCCAAGCUUGUUUGCCAAGCUCCUUGAAAAGAAGAGCGUUGAGGACCUUAUCAUGAAUGUUGGUGCUGGUGGAGGCGCUGCUCCCGCUGCGGCUGUUGCUGGUGGAGGUGCUGCUGCCGCCCCAGCUGCUGCCGAGAAAGAAGAGAAAAAGGAGGAGCCAGAGGAAGAGAGUGAUGGAGACAUCGGAUUCAGCUUGUUCGAUGAUUAGACUGUCUGAUAGGCUUGUGCCAUUUUUCUAUCUUAUUAGUUUUUAGUAUGAUGGUAGUAAUAUGUUCCAAGAGAUUUUUGUUAAAGUUUUUUUUUUGUACUCUUCGAGAUCAGUUAUUUUGAGGUUUUGCCAUUGUUACUACUAUGUGGAGUCUUCUUUUGAAUACAAAGUAAUCAAGUGAAUUUUGGUAAGAUUUUAUUCAAA